CGCGGCAUUCCUUGGGCGUUGGGAGGUGUCGCAAAGGGUUGCAGAGCAUAAUUGCGGUUCUUGAGGCCCAUCUUGCGCUUGGUAAUUUCCACCGUUGUUGGGUAGACAUAUUGAAGAGCGCAGCUUUUCUGUUGUGAGCGGUAUAUAUUUCCCCCGCUGGGUUUGGAAAUAUGGACUUCCGGAAUGAGCAGAUCGCUGUGUCGAGUGUUCUACCAGCCAAUGUCGGUGGUGUGCACGUAGGGGACGGUAGAUCAGUGUUCCCCAGACCGAAACACGCAAGACCAGAGAGCCACUGGAUAUACAUUGUUCAGGCGGAGAUAGUGAGCGUUACUGCUGCUAUGCGCAAAAACCAACGAUGGAGUAUACACGCUGAUAGAGUUCGACGAGAAGACAUGCCUUCUGUUGUACCGUACGACUUCUGCCAAGAUGUAGUUGCGCAUGGUCGUGCACAUCUUGAUGCUUUGGUAGAUUUCACGCGUGGAUUAGGACCAGCUGAUUGGGGUGUGGGAGGAGUUGAGGAGAACCCCUUAUUACAGGGAUUUGCGCGGCUACGAGCACGCUUGAUGCUCCUAAAUGAAUUGCGGGAUUUAGACCCCUCACAUCUACUGGAGCCGUUUCUCGAGGUUAUACGAAGUGGCGACACUACUGGACCCAUCACAGGAGCUGCACUAAGUAGCGUAGAGAAAUUUAUCACAUACCGAGUCUUGGAUCCGAAUCACCCAGGCCUUCCCUCUGCGAUGGCUGCUCUUACGCAUUCUGUUACACGCUGCAAGUUUGAAGCUACUGACGCAGUUUCAGAUGAAGCCGUGUUAGCCAAAAUCUUGGGACUUCUGCGCGUCAUCAUCCAGUCAGAAGCUGGUCAGAAGAGCCUAGAUGACAAGGGCAUCUGUGAGAUGGUGGAAGUUGCUUUUGGGAUGUUUUUUCAAGGCCGGAUAACUGAACUUCUACGGAGAUCUGCCGAGCAGACUCUUAUAAUGUUGGUGCAAGCACUAUUUGAAAGAUUGACGGUCUUGGUUCGAGCCAAGGAGCACGAAGACAACCGAUCUGUCUUCGGACCCACAUCCAUUGGUAUACCAAUAGAGAAGGGUGGUGCGAGGUUGCGCGGUAGUGUCGUUGCGACCCCGCAACUUUAUCCAACUCGUCGCCCUUCUGCUGCCGAUCAUAAGGGCGUAUCCGACGAGGAUCAUGCGGAAAGUGGUGGCAUAUCUCCGUCAAUAUCAGUUUUUGAGCAGGGGUCGGAGGGCCAUCGAUCUGCGGACUUGAAUAUGAUAUCUGUGGGAGGAUCGCAGGCAUCAACACUGGACCAUGGUCAAACGGAAUUUCUUAAAGACGAUGGGCCACGAAUUACCUUUGCGAGCAAUGAUUAUAUUUUGCCGGAUGGUGGGGUUAAAACAGUGCGACAGGACCUUGCCAGACAUCAUACGUUGGAAGAUGGGCACCAUUUGUCAAAUGUGGAAGAACCUCACGUAAGCGAUAGAGAUCCAGGGAUCGAUGCAGGCGACCCUCCUGCUCAUACCAGUUCAUCUGGUGGCAAUGUCAUUGCCGAGGAGACUCCCUCUACUCCAGUGCACCAUGUAUUUCAACCAUUUGGCCUACCAGCAAUCAUAGAGAUGUUGCGAGUUCUUGUCACGUUAUUGGACCCGCGAAAUAAACAACAUACAGAUUCCAUGCACAGGACAAUGGCAUUGACUCUUCUUCAUGCUGGUCUCGAAGUGGGAGGAUGCUCUCUUGGCAAGCUCGUCAGCUGGGGAUUCCUCGAUGAAAAAACCUCGCCACUCCGCCGAACCCCUCAAACCAGAGCCCCUGCCAAAGUGACCCGCUCUGCUACUCUGUCGCAAUCGUCUGCCUUGUCUCAAGAACAGGAGAGUGCAUCGUCAGAUCCACGGCAAUCGCCGGAACGUACCAACGCAUAUGUAUCAAUAGUGCAAGAUGGUGCAAAUGUAGACUCGCGUGAUGUCUCAAGUUCGAGACGCACCUCACUCGGUUCGGCUGAAGGUUCUUUGUAUCAAUCAGAAGUUGAAGCUGGAAUUCCAGAGGAUGGGGAGGAGCGCGCCCCUUAUUUGGCGAAGGAUCUGGUAGUGAAUGAGCUCUGCAAGUACCUCUUUCAGCUCCUGCAAAAUAGUGCAUACACUUCCACGCAAUCACCUAGUGUAACGACUUUGACUAUUCUGGCUCUUACGCUGAAGUGUAUAACUACACUCUUUCAGUCCAGUCGCCAGCAUAUGAAGUUGCAAUUGGAAUGGUUUCUCGAGUGGACGAUGGGCCGUCUGGAUGGAGGUGUGGUCACUUUAGAUAUUGAAGACUGGGCGAAAAAAGAAACACACAGCAAGGAACCGUGGCAGCGAGCAAGCGCUGCUGGGGCACAGCAAAGAGGAGGGGUCAUUGUUGGGGAAGCGCGGGAGUUGAUGCUAGAAAGCAUGGCGCAGUUAUGCCGCAUUCCAGGCAUUAUGGUAGAGCUAUAUGUGAACUAUGACGGGGAUAUGGAUCGUCGGUCUCACCUUUUCGAGGAGCUCGUGACCUUCUUUGCAAAGCAUUCGUUCCCCGAUGUAACACCUGGUGGACCGAUAUCAACUACUGCGCACCAGACUCUGUGCUUUGAUGCCCUUCUCAUGGUUCUCAAUGACAUAAUGGAACGGAAAUCGCACAAUGGCGAGUUCAUGACACCAAGCUUGGGAGAAUCACCGGAGGGAUAUCAGACCUCAUCAGAGGCACCAUGUACAGAUCGCCAGCUCCCUCCCCCAGAUAGCGUUCGUUUCAACAAGGCUCGCAAGCGUGUACUGAAGGAAGGCACGGAUCGCUUCAAUGACAAUCCCAAGGAAGGGUUGAAGUUUCUGCAAGCUCACAAUUUCCUCCCCGAUCCUCUGGAUGCCGAAAGUCUUGCCCGCUUCCUGAAAACGACGGCCAGCGUAAAUAAAAAGCUCCUCGGCGAAUACUUGUCGAAACCCAAGCACGUAGAUGUUCUUAAGGCAUUUGUUGGCUUGUAUGAUUUUGGUGACAAACGAUUCGAUGAAGCACUGAGGUUGCUGCUGGAAAGCUUUCGACUCCCUGGUGAAUCACAGCAGAUCGAGCGAAUCAUGCAGAAUUUUGCUUCUGCUUAUUUUGACGCUAUAAAGGGCAAAGAAAAUCACGACAUCGAAACAGUGGAUGCUACAUUUAUUCUUGCGUAUUCGGUGAUUAUGUUGAACACUGAUCAGCACAAUCCCCAAGUUAGGCGCAGAAUGACUUUAGACGACUUUAUGAGAAAUCUGCGGGGAUUGAAUGGAAAUAAAGAUUUCUCGCCAGAGUUUUUGAAACAAAUGUAUACGGCUAUCCGGGAAAACGAGAUUGUUAUGCCUGAAGAGCAUGAAGGGGAUUUAGGUUUCAAUUACCAGUGGAAAGAGCUUAUGAAAAAGGCUGAACAUGCGGGCGACGUUCUGACCUGCCGUACGAACUGCUACGAUAAAGACAUGCUACGAACUGUAUCCGACUCAAUCCUUUCGGCUUUAUCUUAUGCAUUCGAUAAUGCAGAAGACCAGUUGACAUUGCAGAAAGCCGUUAUAGGCUAUCACAAUUGCGCAGUUGUGGCUGCACAUUAUCGCCUAACGGAACUCUAUGAUAGCCUUAUUAUCUCAUUGGCGAAGAUGACCGGCAUGCUCAAAGAAACCAGCAGACUGCCACCGGAUACUACUAUGGAGGAUACCAACAACGACAGAAACGCAAGAAGGCCGAUUGAUCCCUGGCGUGUAGAAAUCGGCCGGAACUACCGUGGCCAAGUAGCCGCAGUGCUCAUGUUCACCCUUGUAAGCGAGUAUGGAACGUGCCUGAAAAGCGGCUGGCGAUGGAUAAUCGGCUGCUUGCGUAACUUGUUCCUGCAUUCGUUACUCCCAGCGUCAAUGGUUCAGGUUGAAGACUUUGUCCGUGGAAGUGUGGUUAUUUCCAGGCUACGAGACCAGGAUGUAACAUCGCGGAAACCGAAUGCACCUGGAUCACGCCGUGAAGCGGGAUUGCUGUCAACGCUAUCGAACUUUCUUUCAUUAAGUUCAAGUAACGGAGAUGACUUUGAUAAUUACGAAGCGACGCCAGAUGGAGUCGAGUACGAGAAACGAGCAAUACAUUGUGUACGAUCGUGCCGAAUCGAGCAGCUUUUUGCAGAUAGCAGGUUCCUUGAAGAGGAUACUCUCCGUUUGCUAGUGGAAAUAAUCUCGCAGGCGUCCUUUGUGCAAGAGAAUCGUGAUCCUGAGCAUUCUACUUGGAGGCGGCGCGAGCUGGAGGAAGGGCAGGAUGUGUCUCCUGACGGCUCAGAUGCACGCGCAGAGAGAAGUGAAGCUGUGACCGCACCCCUACCAUCUGAUCAAGCAGCUCGAAAGUACGAUUCCGCAGCGGUCUUCUUGUUGGAGCUGCUCAUCGCCAUCACUAUCCAAAAUCGGGACCGUAUUAUGACUUUGUGGCCCCUUGUCUUAGAGCACAUCAGCGGUAUUUUGAAGAGCUCUGGCGACUGUCACCCCGUUUUGGUGGAACGGGGGGUUACCAGCUUGCUUAGAUUGGUGCAAAGACUAGGUCAUAAGGAUGACAUGCUGGAGAGAAUCCUCCAAUCGCUUGAUUUGGUUAACUCCCUUUCACCUGAAGCCUUCAACCGCGUCGCCGAACCUCUCAUGGCGGGUAUCGCCUUUCUGCUCAAGUCUGACCCAAGCCUCGUCACGCGCAACGCACGUUGGGAGGUUGUGAUAGGGUUUCUCUCGCGCACAUCCGUCCAUCCAGAAGCAUCACGCUUCAGUUUUGAGGCUACCUGCAUUUUAGUGUCGGAAAAUGCCGAUUCAUGCGUCAGUUCUCAUAAUUUCAGCGAAUGCGUUGAUUUGUUGAUUAGUUUCGCGGCAGCCGCAGGAGGGAUUGUGCUCAGCUCUGCGGUAGCAUCCCCCAGCGGGCGAAGUACAGGCCUUAUCGGCGGAGAGAGUGUAAACCUUUCAUCGAGUGCACCGACAAGUCCUCGUUUGGGGAGCAGGGAAAGACUGACGCCGGUUAAAAGUCAGCUAACCCAGGUAGCAAUCGAACGCGCGUUACGAGCUUUGGACAAACUAUUCAAAUUACACUUGAAAAUACCGAGUUUGGUCGAAGAAACAGGAAUGAAGUUCAACAGAGCAUUCUUUGAAUUCUGGUUGCCUGUGCUUUCCGGACUUAGCCAACAAUCGUACCAUCCCGCUCGGGAAGUACGACAACAUGCACUUACCCUUUUGCAGCGAACCCUUCUGUCUCCCGAGCUGGAAACCGGCUGUGGCCCUGGUUCACCCAGCGUGUGGGCUGAUUCCUUCGAGACUGUGCUGUUCCCAAUGCUUGAUGAGCUUCUUCGACCAGAAAUGACACGCAUAGAUCCACUUGGAAUGGAUGAGACGCGUAUGCGGGCAUCAGCCCUGUUGUGCAAGAUCUUUUUACAAUACCUCCCGCGCUUGCAGAAUUGGAAGGAGCUCCCUCAACUAUGGAUCAAAAUCUUGGACUAUAUGAGGAAGCAAAUGAGCAUGGGAGAGUCGGACUAUUUGUACGAAGGUGUGCAAGAGUCAUUGAAAAAUAUGCUUCUGGUAAUGUCCACACAAGGGGUGUUCCAACCGUCAGCGGAGGUGACUUUGGCAGCAGGGGAAAGUCAAAAUUUGUGGGAGCUGACAUGGAAGUAUGUGGACUCGUUCCUUCCUGAUCUCAAAGACGAGUUAUUCCCCCCACCAUCCGAAUCCAUGGUGAACGAGGUUGAUCAACCAACAUCUACAUCAGCCACGGACGCUUUGGCGUCUAUUGCAGCACAUGCCCUAGCGCUCGCUGGUCCGACGGAAUCACCUGAACCACAGCCGAAACCGGUGCCUGUCAAGGAAGUUCCUGUCGAAGGAGGUAGUGUCAUCAUGCAGGAGGACUCAUAGUCCUGCAAGAUGUACCAUGAUUCAGCGAGCAAGAUGCUGGCCCGAAGCGCACUUUGUCGUGCAAAUCCUAGAGAGUGUGAUCCAAGGACUGGCUCAUGUGGUCCGGAGGCAAAAAUAGCAUGUAUUAAAGUCUGUAACGAAGAUUAUACACAGUGAGGGAGGAUGGGUUUAUAUAUAGGUAGUGCGAACGGGGAAAGUCUUGGGGAUGGUAAGGAUCGCAUUGCAAUUGAACGCUACGGGUGUUGGUUGUGUUGGCUACUCCAUUGGCGACUGUUGCAAGCGAAUGUGAACAAAUAAGGGGACGAGUCCAGCACGUCAAAUCGACACUCUUUGCU